CCUAGUUACAAUUACAGGUGAGUGUGUUUCAAGUUUUUUUUAUUUAUUUUUUUUCUAUUCAAUAGAUGUAUUCUCAUUGUGUGAUAUAACACGCAUCAUUUUUUCUUCUUCUACAUUGUAAAAUUUAAUUAUUGAAUUAGAAUUAAUAAUUUAAUGGGUUAACACUGGAUGGUAUUUGAAAUUUUAAAUUUAUCAUUUUGUUUAUAUUAUAAAAUAAGUAAACUAAUUUCCAUAAAGAAAAAAAAAAAAUUAAAAAAACAAAAAAAAUAAUCAACUAAUUUUGAUUGAAAAUAUAAAAAAAUAAAAAUGAGCUCACCAACGCCUCAAGACACAACAGAUUCAGGAGUUGAUAAACCAAAAACAUGGGUACAAUUUGAAGAAGAAGAAGAACCAUCUGGUACAGCCUUACCACCACCACCACUAGCACCACCAAAACGUUCAUCAACACCUGACAAUACAUUACAAAAAAAUCAUGAAACAAAUGAAACAAUAACAGUUAAUAUUGAUAAUAUUGUCAAUGAUAAUGAUGAUAAUAAUAUAAAAUCUAAUAAUGAAUACAGUGGUGCUGUUAUAACAACUGAAUCAGUACAAUUAAAUUUAGAUAGAUCAGGUUUAAGUCGUUCAAUAUCACCUGAUAGUCCAGAUAAUAAUGUGCCUAAUGAAUUACGUGUACCAGAACCAAAAAGUGCCUCAUUAAAAACCAUUGAUUUACGUGGUAAUACUAAUGGAAGAAAUGAUAUUAAUACUGUUAUAAGUACACCAAUUGGUAAUAUUAGAAGAGGUUUUGCAAAUGGUGAUACAAUUGUUACAUUAUUACCUGUUAAUACAAGAUGGCCUUGGGUUACACCAGCUAAAUUUCGUCCAGAACUUGUUCCAGAAGAGCUUAUGGCACAGGGACUAACUCUAACUGUUGAAGAUUAUGUACAUAUUAUGGAACUUUUAGUUAAUGAUGUACGUUUUAAUAUGUAUAAUAUUUGUUACAAAAGAAUACUUAUUGUAUGGAUAUUUACUGCAUUUGUAAUACUUCUUGGUCUUUUAUUUUCUGGUGUAACUGGUUUAACAUUAUUUGCACUUGGUAUAAUAUGGCUAAUAAUGAAUUCAGCAGCAAUAUUUUUAUGUAUGUUUAUUAAAAUUAAAUUAAAUCAUAAUUUGGAAAGAUGUAUGGCACAAGUUAAUAAACAUUUAUUACGUCAUAAAAUUAUUCUUGGUCUUGAUGAUAGAGGAAAAUUAUCAUGUCACAAAGUUAAUUUGUGUUUUAUUUAUUUUGAUACAACUGAUUGUAUUAAAAAAUUGCAAGAAGUUAUUGAGAGAGAAGAACGUGAGGGUCGAGUUAUUGGAGGUGAAGAAACUAGUGAAGCACAACGUAAAAGACAAGAAUUACAACAACGAAUGGACAUUGAUGACAGUGAUAUUGUCAUUCAGGGUAGUUCAACAACACGAGUAUCUAGAAAACAGGAACGGGCGGAAAUGCUGUUGCUGAGAUAUGCAUCAAGAUGGGCACGUUGUUUUAUCAGACACAGACUUGAUUUGAUAAUUGAUUCACAUGAAAGAAGAACCAUCGUUGGAUCAACUGUUCCACCUCGUCAUUGCGUCUCCGCCCGUUGUCCUUGUCAAUAUAUUGAGGAACAUCUGAAAUACAAGCCCAAAGGCUAUCCAGCUGGAUAUACUUGGUGUGCUUACCUUAGUGAUCCUCUUGUUAGGUGGCACCCAGCUGAGUAUGAUAUCAGAAAUUAAAUCUACAAAAAAAAAAAAAAAAAACAAAAUUAUUAAACAAUUUUUUUGCUUGGUAGUUAUUUUUUAAUAUUAUCAUCAUCAUGAGGAUCGAGUUUAUUUUUUGCUUAAAUAAUUUUAAAAUCAUUUUGAUAUUAAAAAAUAAUUUUUAACGUUUUUUAAUUUAAAUUAUACUAAAAAUUUAUAAACAAUAAUACGAGUAAUUAUUUUUUAAAUAUAUAUACAUAAGAAUGCUUUUAAUCAAUUAAUUUUUUUAAAGCUAAAUAUUUGAUAUUAAAAAUAAUUUGACUCACCUAAUUAUGAGUAUUAAAAAUGAUCUUUUUUAGUGUUAUAAUUCAAUAAGAAAAAGAUCUCAUGGCAUUGGUAUUUUAGUAGAUAAUAAAACCAGGAUGAUAAUGAUUCUAAAAAAUAAUAAAACAUAAAACAUAUCAGUAAUUUCAAGUGAUAUUCACUUACUCACUAUUUAUAGUAUUUAAAAUAUAAAAAAUACACUCAUGCAAUUUAAAAAAAGUGCCUUAUCUAAACUGCAGUAUACACAAUGAUAUAAAAAAAAAAACAAAGAAUAUUAUUUUCCGUCCAUGAAAAUAUUUAAGAUAGCAAUAAUAAUUAGUAAAAAAUAUUUUCACUUCAGGUACUUAAAUAAAAAAAAAAAACAGUAUGUUAGAUUAAAAAUAAAAAAAAGUAAAAACAAUCUCAGUUAAGUAGCUCAAAGAUUUAAUUUUAUCAACUAUUAUUAAUAUAAAAAAAAAUGUCUUUUGAUAAAAAAAAAAAAAACA